AUGUUGUCUCCAAGAGAUAAAAAGUUUGAGAAGCUGGAUCCAUUCUAUCGACCCUCCAUGUCCAAGCAGAAGACCAGUGCAGAAAUCAUAAGUGAGGCUCGAAACGCACUGAGAACAGUUAGAACUCAAAGACCAUUUACGCCACAGGAAGAGCAAAGAAAACUGUUUGGACCUACAUCUUCAAGAACGCCAGAAAAUAGACCUUCUUCCUCCUUCAGCCUCCACUCAUCCAGUUUCGAAUCACCCGAUUCCAGGCCUAUCUCUGGCACACGCCUCAGUCCACUAGAACUUAAACCAAAACCACCGACACCUCCCGCCGCAGACGAGCAUCCCUGCCUUGCUUUUCCUAAACCCCCAGUGGACCCUGCGAAGAUUCGAAGGAUAAGCAGUUCACGGGCGCGCUUGUUCAGGGCGGCCUCACAGGGCACCCUGCUUCCUGACCGAGCCCUUCCUCCAGAUGAGACACAGAAGGCAGGGGAAUCCAAAGGAACACUUCUGACAGGGGAUGGUAUGGUGAAACGAAAUGGGAUUUGUUUAUCAGAAUCACAUGCUGCUGGCCACCUAAAUAGUCGCCCACUCCAGUUAAACUAUGAUGGAGGCUUCGGUGGAAUCAAGGAGCAACAACUGUUCAAAGGGACAACGUCCUUACCGUCUCACCUCAGAAAUGAAGGGGAUCAGGAGAGGAGGCGUGCCCGGGCUUCCUCAUGCCCCAGCUGCUCAGAGCUGAGUCAGCCAGAAACCACUGAAGUCUCAAAAGCCGGCUCGCAAGAAAAGGACACAGAAAAAGAAGUCAAUGAAGUCUUUUGGAAUACAAGGAUCGUACCAAUUUUAUGUGAAUUAGAAAAGGAAAAAAAUAUUGAAACUGUUUGUGCUGCUUGUACACAACUUCAUCACGCUUUAGAAGAAGGAAACAUGCUGGGAAAUAAAUUUAAGAGAAGAAAUGAUCUCCUGAAGACCCUCUGUAAACUAGUUGAUGUUGGUUCAGACUUGCUCAGCCUUAAACUUGCAAAACUUAUUCUAGCAGUAAAAUUAUUAUUGGGUGUCCUGAGCAGUGAAGACCUGCAAACAAAUAUUGAGGCUUUUUUGUAUUGUGUGGGUACUACAAAAUUCCUUUCUGGAAACCCAGGAUUUGUUAAUGAAAUGGUCAGCAAAGGGGCUGUGGAAAUAUUCCUUGAUUUGAUAAGACAGCUAAAUGAGAAUGCCAGGAAAUGUGGUACAUGUUUGCCUAAUUCAGGUCACUUGCUAGUUCAGGUGACUGCUACAUUGAGAAACUUAGCUGAUUCACCGUUGGUGAGAAGUAAAUUACUGAGCAUCAACGCCCUGCCUAAGCUCUGCACAGUGAUGGAGUGGUAUGUGGGUGACCAGGAUGUCUGCACCAAUAUCAGCAGAAUAUUCAGCAAACUUACUUCUUACCAUGAUUGCUGUGCAGCCUUGGCCAACUAUUCCAGAUGUUAUGCCUUGUUUUUGAAUCUGAUAAACAAAUACCAGAAAAAGCAGGACUUAGUCAUUCGUCUUGUCUUUAUUCUUGGCAACCUGACAGCGAAAAAUAACCAGGCUCGUGAGCAGCUUUUCAAGGAGAAAGGGAGCAUCCAAACUCUGUUGUCACUAUUCCAAACAUUCCUUGAACUCGAUCUGCAUUCGGAGAAGCCUGCUGGUGAUGGAGAGGCGCAGGCCAAGCCUCCGAGGCAGCCGUCAGGUGUGGAGGACGUGCUCAUCAAGCUGACCCGCGUGCUCGCCAACCUCGCCAUCCACGUGCGCGUUGGCCCUGCCCUGGCUGCCAGGCCGCAGGUGGUGGGCCUGCUGCUCAGAACACUGGAAUCUAAGUCCAUUGAGGAGUGCGAGGAGCUGGUCAUCAAUGCUACAGCUACAAUCAACAAUUUGUCUUACUACCAAGUGAAGAAUUCCAUAAUUUACGACAAAAAGCUCUAUAUUACUGAAUUGCUCUUAAGUCUUCUGGUAAGCAAGAACAUGGAUGGGAUCCUGGAGGCUGUGCGUGCGCUCGGAAACCUCUCCCAGCACCGCGAUGUCUGCGACUUCAUUGUGCAGAAAAAUGUACACAAGUUCAUGAUUGCACUGCUGGAUGCUAAGCACCAGGAUAUUUGCUUUUCUGCCUGUGGUGUUCUCCUGAAUCUCACUGUGGAUAAGGACAAACGGGUCGUCCUAAAAGAUGGAGGCGGCAUUACAAAGUUAGUGGACUGCCUAAAAGAUUUUGGUCCUACUGACUGGCAGCUGGCCUGCUUGGUUUGCAAGACUUUAUGGAAUUUCAGUGAAAAUAUCACUAAUGCUUCAUCAUGUUUUGGAGAUGAAGACACCCACACACUCCUACUUGUAUUGUCAUCAUUUUUAGAUGAAGAACUAGCAUUGGAUGGCAGUUUUGACCAGGACCUAAGAAAUUAUCACAAACUCCACUGGGAAACAGAAUUCAAACCUGUGGCACAGCAGCUUCUAAAUCGAAUUCAGAGUCAUCAUACCUUCCUGGAACCCCUUCCUAUCCCUUCUUUUUAA